CCCAUCACCACCGUCUUCCCAACAAAGAGCAGUCGAGUCAGAUAGGCUCACAUCAUCAGCACGGCAGGGCGUACGCUCUUGCCAUGAAGGUCACUAUCGAAGACUGGUCGGCGGUGGCCACCUGGGUUUGGGACUUAGCCGACCCCAAUGACCUCUGCGGUAUCUGUCAAAAUCAGUUCGACGGAGUCUGUGGUAGCUGCAAGACUCCUCGAGGUGGAGACGAGUGUCCUUUGCUCUUUGGUGAAUGCUCGCACGUCUUCCACAUGCACUGCAUUCUCAAGUGGCUCGAAGGCGACGCCAAGGAUCUUUGCCCGAUGUGCAAGAGAAAGUGGUCCGCCGCUACGGCUUCAGCGUACCAGGCCGAUUUGGCUGCAAAGGCAGAGGCAGAGGGUGCGGGUCUGGUUCAAGCUCAAGGAGGUCAGCAACAAGGACAGCAGCAGCAGCAGCAGCAAUAGCGGUG